AAGACCGCUACAGAUGAUCGCUAUGCAGUGCCCACUGCUGCUGCUCUCGCCUCUCUUGCUUCGACCACAUGCGGCCAUCCAAUUGACUCUGUCAAAUCGCGCAUGCAGACAUUUCGCUACAAUGGUAUCGCAGACUGUGUCGUUCGUACCUACAAAGCAGAGAAAUUAGGAGGCUUCUUCCGUGGGCUGGCGGCACCUCUUGUCACAACAACUUUUGCGCGGACCAUCUCAUUCUCCAUCUACUCUAGGAUGCGCGAAGCUGGCAUUCAUCCAUUCUUUAGCGGUAAUGUGGCAGGUCUCACCGUUGCCUUGCUUGCUGCUCCCUUUGAAUUCACCAAAAUCUCGAGUCAGCUCUCCGUGCUCAUACGGGCUUCAUCACAUGCCAUACCAACACAAGGUGCCGUCACUGCUAGACAAACAACCACCUGGCACGAAGCCAAGCAAAUCUACCGGCGUUUCGGCUUACCAGGCUUCUGGACUGGAAUCCACUGGCAGCUCAUUCGCGAUGGCAUUGGCACGGGCGUCUUCUUCUCGAGCUAUGUCCUUGUAAAACGAGCCCUUCAGAAACAUCCUGAAGUGCCCAAUUCUGCAACGUCCAUCGCUAUCGCCGGUGGAAGCUGCGGCAUUGUCGCUUGGGUUUGCGUAUAUCCACUCGAUACGCUCAAGGCACGGCAUCAGCGGAACGUGCUGCAAGGUCGCCAAGAGGCAAAAGUCAUGCCACUCAAUUUUCGCAAGCUCUAUCGCGGCUGCAGCGUGAGUAUCAUUCGCACGGGUGUCAUCAAUUCCAUCAAUUUCAGUCUGUUUGAA